CGGAGGGAUCGGGAUCGGGAUCGGGAUCGGGAGGUGUCUUCCCUCCUGGGGCGGCGAGCCGGGACGGAUUAUUCUCUGCGGGGCAACACCAGCAAUUUCCCUUCGAGCAUCAAAAACUGAUCACACCUGUCCUCAAAAUGAGUCAAGCUCCGAGCAGUGGAGGAGAUCCAGUGAAGUCACCAUCGGGAAAGGACACGGUCUCGAGCUCAGUGAUCACUGAGCUCCUGGCAAGCUGGGACGAUUUCCAGCUGCUGCAGUUGACGGACUUCUACCGGGACAGGCUGGAGCUGGCGAUGGAAGGAGGGGUGCACGGAGUGAGCCUGGCGUUAACGGCCGAGAAUCAGUUCAGCGGAGAGGAACAUCGGAAAAUCUCUGAUCUCGCUGAUAAGGGAGAGCGGGCGGACAGUUCUAAACUCCUCCUGAGCCUGGUGAUGGAGAAAGGCUCCCGUGCCCAGAGGGUGAUGUGGGAAACCUUUGUGAAAAUGCGGAUUGGUGUCCCAAAUUUGGACAAAAUACUGAAGGAAAUACAGAUAUAUGGUUGUGAUCCCUCCCAUCGACCAAAUCCCGGUCAACUUUUACAAGAGGUUCUCAGUGAGCUGAAAGAUGUUCAACAGAAACACAAGGAGACUCUGCGGGCAAAAACUGAAACACUGAGAGUGAACACAAUCCUGAUGAGGGAGAAGGUGAAGGUUUUCCAACUGGUUGAUCGAUACGCUGAGCUCACGGUCAUUUCUACUGUUCGAGAUCGGACACUGGUGGAACAUGAGCUGCUGGCAAGAGGCAGAGACCACGAGGAGUGGAGAGAGAAAUAUCUCCGUGGAGAGCUGGAAAAAUUCGGGACUGAAACAUUGUUCCAGAGCAGUAACUCCAAAUCUGGGAGCUCGGCAGCAGUGGCUGGAGCCCCGGGGAUCGGGAAAACAACGAUGGUACAAAAGAUUGUUUACGACUGGGCCACAGGGAAAAUAUACCAACAAUUCCAGUUUGUGUUCAGUUUCAAAUUCCGGGAUUUAAACUCCAUUAACCGUCAAACAAGCCUGAUGGAACUGAUUCUGGAUCAGUAUCCUUACUUUGGGAAUAUCCUGAGAGAGGUCUGGAAGAACCCAAAGAGAUUGCUGUUUAUAUUUGAUGGUUUGGAUGAAUUCAAGCACAGAAUCGAUUUUGCUGACAGUCAGAGAGACACAGAACGCAAGCACCAGUGCCCAGAUCCCGAGUGCUGGUGUGAAGUGUCUGACAUUGUGUACAGUUUAAUCCAGGGCAAGCUGCUCCCAGGGUGUUCAGUGCUGGUGACCACCCGCCCCACUGCGUUACAUUUAUUGGAAAAGGCUGAGAUCAGUGUCUGGGCUGAAAUCCUGGGAUUUGUUGGUGAGGAACGGAAGCAAUAUUUCAUCAGGCAUUUUGAAGAUCAGACGGUGGCUGCAGCUGUUUUCAAAUACAUGCAGGAGAACGAGAUCCUGUACACCAUGAGCUACAACCCCUCCUACUGCUGGAUCCUCGCUCUGGCAUUGAGCCCCUUCUUCACACAAAAUGUCAGGGACCCGCAGAAAGUACCCAAGACCAUCACCCAACUGUACUCCUACUAUAUUUACAACAUCCUGAAAAACCACGGCCGAGAGAUCGAGAACCCCCGUGAAGUGUUACUCAGGGUUGGUCAGAUGGCCUUCAGAGGAGUGUCCGAGAAGAAGAUUGUGUUUACGGAUGGAGAUUUGAUCAAGUACAAUCUGCAGCCUUCCCAGUUCCUGUCCGGGUUCUUGAUGGAGCUUUUGGAGAGGGAGGAUUCUGGCCGGUGCGUGGUGUACACAUUCCCACACCUCACCAUCCAAGAGUUUAUAGCUGCAGUUGCACAAUUCCUGACUAUACAUCCCGGGGAUAUCCUGAAAUUUCUCACUGAAGCCCACAAGACGACAGAUGGGCGAUUUGAGGUAUUUCUCCGUUUUAUUGCUGGUCUCUCCUCCCCACUGACAGCUCGGGGCCUGGAGGAGCUUCUGGGUCCAUUUCCUCAUCAAACAACCUGCCGGGUGAUUGACUGGGUGAGGGAGGAGGUUAAACGCCAGAGUGGUAACACGAGGAGCGAAGCUGGUAAAAGGAGCCUCCUGAACACAUUACACUACCUGUUUGAGUCUCAAAAUCGUGGGCUGGCUCAGGCCACACUGGGAUCUGUGGAAACACUUUCAUUCAGUCGAAUGUUACUGACCCCGAUUGACUGCGCGGUCCUGUCUCAUGCCAUCGGAAUCUGUGAUACAAUAAAACAUCUCGACCUUUUGGACUGCCACAUUCAGUGUGAAGGAAUCCAGCGGCUGGGGCCCGGGCUGCACAAGUGCCAGGAGUUGAGACUUGGGUGGAAUGAACUGGGAGAUUCAGGAGUGGAACUGGUGUCUGCGGCUCUGAUGAACCCGGAGUGUAAAAUACAGAAACUGUGGCUAAACCACGUGGGUAUCACCGAUUCUGGUGCUGAGGGUCUCAUCUCCGCACUCAGUACAAACCGGUCACUGACAGUUCUGAACCUCAGUGGUAAUGAACUGGGAGAUUCAGGAGUGAAACUGGUGUCUGCGGCUCUGAGGAACCCAGAAUGUAAAACACAGAAACUGGGGCUAAGGGAGGUCAGUCUCACAGAUUCUGGUGCCGAGGAUCUCUCCUCUUCCCUCAGUACUAACCGAUCACUGACGGAACUGGACCUGAGUCGGAAUGAACUGGGAGAUUCUGGAGUGAAACUGGUGUCUGCGGCUCUGGGAAAUGCAGAGUGUAAGAUACAGAAACUGGACCUGGACGAUGUUGGUCUCGGAGACGCUGGUGCGGAAUAUCUCGCCUCCGCUCUCAAUACAAACAGGUCACUGACGCAGCUGAACCUGAAUGGAAAUAAACUGGGAGAUUCAGGAGUGAAACUGGUGUCUGCAGCUCUGAGGAACCCGGAAUGUAAAAUACAGACACUGCAGCUGUGGGGUGUUGGUCUCACAGAUUCCGGUGCUGAAGAUCUCGUCUCCGCUCUCAGUAUGAACCGGUCACUGACAGGGCUAAACCUCGGAUGGAACUCACUCAAAGACCGAUCUGCUCCCGCUCUCUGCCGCCUCAUAGAGACCCUCCCGAAUCUGGAGCGGAUCGAGCUGCGGUACAAUCAGUUCAGUUGGAAUGGAAAGGAGGAACUGAGGUCUCUGCAGGAACGCAGACCUGGACUGGACGUGAUCCUGUGAACAUCUGCUUGUGGGAUGGGAAGAUUUUACCCUCCCUUUUAAUGGCAGCCCUGUAGAUUUAACUCCCAAUGGUUGUAAUAGACCCUGGCUCCGGAGAAGACCUCGGCGAUGACUGAAGUGAUCUGCAGACACGUAGUCCCACAUUCCGUGCGGCGGCACAGCUUUCGCUGGAUGUCCGGGUGCAGGUUUCGCCAGGGGGACCCUUGGGAAUUACACACCGAGGGUUGGGAGUCUGGCCGAUAUAAUACCUCGACAGUGACCCUGGAUCUGCAGCAAUCUCAGACGCUGCCCUGAUGUGUGAUUUUAUAAUCAUCAGUUCCCCGAUGCAGAAUGACGGUGAGAAACGGGAGUGAUUAUUCAACCUGUCACUCGUUGUCACUGGUCAGUUUAUUGUGAGUGACUCUCAGUAAAUCGCCAGCAGCUUAUUUAUUCCCCCAAACCGGUAGGACACAUGUUGUUUAAUACAUAUUUGACAUGAUAAAAUAAAUUAAUCUUCCUGUCU